UUCAUCGUGCACCGAGCCUACUGCAAGAAGAAGAAGAUCAAGGCGAUGACCCACGUGCGGUUCAUGUGCAAGUUGCAUCUGCAGCUUAUUGCGCUGAAGCCGGAGGAUAUGUACGAAGAAAACACAUUUCAACCAGAUGAAAAUGUUUCCGUUGAUGUAGAGGCGGAGGAACGUCAAGCGGACACUGGCAGUCAUAUUGCUAAGCAGAGUGACGAAUGGCGCGACCACUCGGGGCAGCGAAAAAGGGUGCAGAAGAACUGCAAGGUUUGCACGCUGAAGACGCCAAGUGGCAAGCGUGGCGCCACCUACACCUACUUCUGCGAUGGAUGCGACUUCCCUGGGCCGAUUUACCUGUGCGUCAAGCCAAAGUGGACGGUAGGAAGCAAGAUGCUGAGCUGUUGGGACGUCUGGCACAAGGAGUACAACAACGGCAAGGCUAUCCCGCAGGACCUGAAGGGUAAGAUUCGUGUGCGCGCACCGAAAGCCACAAGCUCUCCAGGGAAGUCGCCCGCAAAGCGCCGCUGUGUCAGCAGUGUUAGCAGCGAAGUCAGCGAAGACAGCGAGUAG